AUGGCGGCCAAUGUGGGCGGCAGGAGCGUUGGCGGUGGUGCUGGAGCGGGAGGCACCGGCGGUGCCGUGGCGCCGUGCCGCGCCAGCGGCUCGCGGUGGACGCCGACGCCGGAGCAGAUCAGGAUACUCAAGGAGCUCUACUACGGCUGCGGCAUCCGGUCGCCCAACUCGGAGCAGAUCCAGCGCAUCACCGCCAUGCUGCGCCAGCACGGCAAGAUCGAGGGCAAGAACGUCUUCUACUGGUUCCAGAACCACAAGGCCCGCGAGCGGCAGAAGCGGCGCCUCACCAACCUCGACGUCAACGUCCCCGCCGCCGCGGCCGACGCCAGCCACCUCGGCGCCCUCUCGCUCUCGUCGCCUUCAGGCGCGGCGCCUCCCUCCUCCCCCUUGGGCUUGUACCCCGGCAAUGGCGGCGGCUCCGCGUUGCAGCUGGACACGAGCUCCGAUUGGCGCAGCACCACCGCCAUGGCCAUCGAGACAUGCGUCCUGCAGGACUACAUGGGCGUGAUGAGGAGCACGGGCGGCCACCACGGCAGCAGCGCCGGCGCCGCGGUCUCGCCGUGGGCAUGCCUCUCGUCGUCGGACUCGUGGGCGGCGGCGGCACCGACGACGACGCGGGCGCCCGAGACGCUCCCUCUCUUCCCGACCGGCGACAGCAGCCACCCUCCGCGGCCGCGGCACGGAGCCCCAGCACCAGCAGGCGACGCCAUCCGCGGAGGCGGCAGCAGCGGCUACCUGCCCACCCUGCCGUUCUGGGGUGCCGCUGCCACGGCUGCCACUGCCACCACUACCACUUCCGUUACGAUCCAGCAGCAACACCACCAGCUGCAGCAGCUGCAGGAGCAGUACAGCUUUUACACCACCACCAACCAGCCGCCCAGCCAGGAUGUAUCAGCGGCUACUGCAUCCCUGGAGCUCAGCCUCAGCUCCUGGUGCUCCCCUUACACUGCAGGGACCAUGUGAGAGCUUCAGCUGCCAUUGCUGCUCUCUGGGAGCAAUGUGCCUUCUGCCUGUGGCGGUGAGAGUUUUAUGUCUCUGAAUUAUGGUGAAAGUAGAAGCCAUGCUAGUACUCUGUCCUUGUCCUAAGGUAGUAGCUAGCUGUCUGAAUAUUUUAAUAUAUAGAAGCAUGUCUGAAGGAAAAAAGGAAUGCAACUGCAUCUGCAUGCACCAUGCAGUGCUCCAGUACAACA